AUCGAGAGUAUCGCGUCGUGUUAUUGCGUCGUCGUCAACACUCGACCCUUCGACGUACGUUAAUUAAAUAAAUAAUUAUUUAUAAAAAAAAAACAAAACUCGAUACUACGUAGGCUUUGUUCUAGUGUGUUCAAUAGACUAAGAAAAAUAAAAUUCAAUUAGAAUUAAUUUAAAAAAUCAGUGCUGUUUUGUAAACAAAAAAUACGCUAACCUUAUUGGAACUCUGCGAAAGUGAUAAGAAUUGAGUUUGACUUGAAUUGAGAUAAACUAAAGGGAGAUUAGCAAAAGUAAGGGAUAAUUAUUGAUCUGACGAAGACGACGAAGAGGAACCAUGAAAGUCACCAGGAAUCUUACGAUCGAAGUGGCAAGAUAGCGCCAUGAUUUCGGCGCGCUCGUGUCAACUCUGAGGGCAAUAGGAGUAUCAAGAAUAAGAGGCCAGAAAGAAAAUUGAAAAAAAAUUCAUCAAAGGCGGAACUAUUUCACAAGAUAUAAAUCUUUUAAAACCUUCAGACCAAAAAGACUCAUUGACGAUUCGUGGAUAAAAAAUCACGAAAACAUAUCUAAAAAAACAUACGAGAGAGAAAAAGUGUGGUGAGAAGGUCGAGAAGAUUCCAGAGGAUUGACCUGCUGAGAUUUUUCUCCAACGAAAAACAUGAAGUGAUUGCCCUUUAGAUUCGUCACCACAUUCUUCAUGGCCACUUUUAGCUAUUCACAUUCAAGUUCUCAUGACUUCAUAUCACUCUAGAAGUCACGAUAUUAAGUCAAGAGUAUUUUCUGUGCAACUUUUUAUAACGAAUUGUUGAUCAGUGGGGAGGGGGGUUAAAUAAGUGGUGUCAAAAGUAUAGUUACCAUAAUAAAUUAUACGAAAAUAGUGAAGAAGAGUAAGGUGGAGGUAGCAGCUAGGCGGUGGACAUGAUUAUUUCAAAGGAUUUGUUCCUCCUCGGCGACCAAGAUUAUCUUCGCCUGCCCAGCAACGAAAAGCGCCAACAGCGGGCAAUGGGACGCCCGAUCAUCAAUCCCCCCAGAGUGGAAAGCUCAGCGCUGCAAUUGGUGUGUCCAUUGGAUUCUCGUCCGGUGCAGCUGGUCUUCCGGGGACUGCAGGUGUUCAAAGAGAAGCGCGUUCUCCUUCGCGAUGUUUCCGGGGUGGUCAAACCGGGUGAGCUCUUGGCAGUCAUGGGACCCUCAGGAUGUGGAAAGACGACACUUUUAAAUUGUCUGUCUGGACGAGUUGGUCUAGACGGUGGAGAAAUCUGGCUAAAUCGGGAGAGAUUGACAAAACGAUGGCGUCGAAGAAUUUGCUAUGUGCAACAGCAAGAUGUUUUCUUUCCUGAUUUAACCCUACGUCAAACAUUAGAGUACCAAGCACGGCUAAGGCUUCCGGAUACACUUUCGCACGCGCAAAAGAUGCAGUGCGUGGAUCAUAUCAUUGAGGUUCUUGACCUCGCCGGCUGUCAGGAUACAAUUAUUGGAGAUUACACAAAACGAGGCCUCUCUGGUGGAGAGAAGAAGAGGACUAGUAUAGCCUGUGAAUUACUCACUAAUCCUUCAUUAAUGUUGCUUGAUGAACCAACGAGUGGGUUGGAUUCGCAUUCAGCACAAGCAUUAAUCUCUAGACUGAAGAAAUAUGCAGAACAGGAGGGUAAAAGUAUCGUGGUUACCGUCCAUCAACCAAGUUCACGGAUGUUUCAUAGUUUCAGCAAACUUUUGCUACUUAGUCGUGGCCAAGUAGCAUACUAUGGCUCGACUGCAAACAUUGGAAGGUUUUUCGCAACCAUCGGACUUACUUUACUUCCUCAUUACAAUCCAGCAGAUUUUAUCCUGGAGCAAAUAAAGGGGCCGGAAGAGGUGAGAGAACGUAUUGUUGCAGCAGCAAGAGCUGCAAGACAGGGACCAGACUGCCCACCGGAACUUCGUCCUGAAUAUAAUCCCAGUCAGCAUCCGCUUUGUGAUCAUCUCAUCCAUUAUCACGAGCAUCACAUUACCCACAACGUGAAAGAAGAUGAGGGUCGUACACUUUGGCUGGACACUCAAAGUCAUGCUAGUAGUAGUGCUAGUUCAGCAGACGAUGAUUACUCCUGGCAAUGGCCCACAAGUUUUUGGUCGCAAUUCAAAGUAUUAUCCGAAAGAAACUUCCAAGAAGCUCGGCCACGAAUGUUAUCACGGCUCAAUUGGCUUCAAACUAUUGCUCUUGGUAUCUUAGCAGGGCUUCUUUGGCUACGAUUACCUAGGACUGAAGCUGCAUUACAUGAUAUUCAAGGCUGGAUGUUCUUUAGCACAACAUACUGGAUGCUGUUUGCACAUUUUGGUGCUCUCUCCAGUUUUCCUCCUGAACGCGAGGUUAUUAACAAGGAACGUCUGUCGGGGUCAUAUCGACUUUCAGCGUACUAUUUGGCAAAAAUGGUUGGCGAAUUGCCAUUGACCAUAACUCUUCCGGCAGUUUAUCAUAUAAUCAGCUAUCCAAUGCUAGGAUUCCACAGUCCAGCAGUUUUUAUCACGCUACUUGCCUUUUUGUUACUCAACACAAUUGUAGCGCAGAGCGUAGGCUUCUUCGUCGGUGCAUGCUGUCUUGAUCUUCAGGUAAGCAUCACAGCUUCAGCGCUUUACACUCUGGCUACACAACUAUUAGGUGGCUACCUCGCAACCUCUGUGCCACCGUGGCUUGCAUGGGCACGUUAUACUAGUAUGGUGCACUAUGCCUACCAAAACAUGCAGAUACUAGAGUUUGGUGUCGGCGAUCCCAUCAGCUGUUCUCAACCAAGCAAAUUCCCCGAGUGCAGAAAUGGAACGACGAUACCAGUAUCUGCAAUACUCGAGAGCCAGGGAGGUGUCAGAGGUUCUGGUCUACCUCUAUGGGCAAACACAGCAGUACUGCUAGCAUUUCUGGUGGUGUUCAGAAGUCUUGGUUACCUAGUUCUACGCUAUUAUCGAGUACCCAAGUAAAUACGCAACAAAUCGACCACAUAGUAUGCAAUUUUUUACAUCAUUCUUUAUAAAUCUUUAGUUAAUAUUAUUAUUAUUAAUAUUAUUACUAUUAUAAUUUUAUCGAAUGAUCAUUUUAUAUUAUUACCAGUAAAUGAUAAAUAUUACUAGGCACACGGGUUGCACCACUUUCAUUAUGAAAUUUAUAAAAGUUAUGAAUAAUUAUAAUAAUAUAGAUGAUAAUUAUUAUAAUUAUUGCAUAUUAUGGAACAUGAAACUGGUAAUUUUUUUACUCAGAUGAUACUCAAGUCUAUUUUUCUGAUAUACGCACAUAUUUUUAAUUACCUGGCCACAUAUUUUUGACAACCCGUGUACUUGAUAGUAUUCAGCAAUACAAAUUUAAAUGCAAGACUAAGAUGACUUGGCGAAGAAGACUAUAUAAUGUAUAGAUAUUUUAUACAAACAAUGGAGCAAAUGAAAGAAAACGUGAAAAUGAGAUAUAAAACAUUGUGUAACUGAUAACAAAAUAGAUAUGAAUGAAUGUUGUAUGUGUAUGAAAAGAAAAGAUACAAAAGAAUUUUUUUUUCUUCUUUUCUUAACAUUUUUCAACAUAGAUACGAAAAAUAACACUGAUUGUAACAAAAAGAACAAAUAGCAUAAUCUACCAACAUUAACAAGACACAUGAAGCCAAGAGGAAAGGGAAAAACUGUGAUCCCAAAUUGCAUGAAAAAGUCAAUUAAUUUAUUCAAAUUUGAAUAUCAAUCAUUUCUCUUUAUUUUAUUACAUACAAGAUCAUGAUUUAUAUUUAUUUUAUAGUUUAUAGUGGCUGGCUGCGUAGAAAGCCAUGGAAUAGAUUCUCUUAUUUAGAAGCAUUAAAAAUUGUUAAACACAAAUCAGUAAAAUGUAAAUGAAUAAUGUUAUGAUGAAUUUAAUUAGAUAAAUAUUUGAGUAAAUAAAACCAUAAUGUCUUCAUACAGUUAUUAGGUAUUAGAAAUAUUCAAAAAUGAAUGGAGCUUUUUCAUGCUUGUAAGAAAAACUCAGUUUUUGCAUUGAUGAAAAUAUAAUUGACUGAAGAAUUUUUAUGAACAAUGAACAUUUUUAUGGGAAUCAUAAAACAUACUAAUAAUUAAGACGAUUUUACACAAAUAAC